AUGGUGCCUAAUGCAAGUGAAAGGUGCAAAAUUGACUUGCAACUUGAAUCAUUCAAGGAUGCAAAAGGGUUGUUUGGCAUUGAGGCUGCCAAGACAGCUAGAGAUAAAAAAAAAAAAAAAACUCCAGCUCAAUGGUGGGAUUCUUAUGGGGAUGAAUGUCCAGAAUUACAAAGGCUUGCAAUCCGAGUUCUAAGCUUGACUUGUACUUCAUCUGGAUGUGAGCGUAACUGGAGUGCAUUUGAAAUGAGAAAAAUGAAUGACUUGGUAUUUGUAAUGUGCAAUCUGAAAUUGAAUAAUAAUCAAGUCAAAAAGCAUGCUGAUGAUUUUAGUGUAGAAGAUGAUCUUUCAUCUGAUGAUGAUUGGAUAACCGAGAGAGAAAAACAUUCAAACAUUGAUUUGUUUGGUGCUAUUGAUAGUGCAACACGAAGACAAAAUGGUAAUGAAGAUGAAAGUGAUGAAGAAGAAAUUCCUAAUGCUGCUGAAAUGGAGAGUCAUGGUACUGAAGAUGAUUUGGAGAUUCAAAUUGAUGAUAUUGGUGUUGGUACUAGUAGCAGCACUAAUGCUUAUAAUAUUGGUGUUGGUAUUAGUAGUGACACUAAUAAUCCUCUUAAUGCUAAUGAUAUUGAUGAAUGCCUGAGGAAUAAUGAGGAAGAUGAAGGCAAUGAAGCUGUUGGUAUGUCUCGCUUGUUUCUACGAGACUUUCCAUUUAGUCUUGAUUUGAUGUCUUAA